AGUGAAUAGGAAACCGGAAACAGUGUGUAGAGUGUGCAAGUGUGGGCAGCCAUCAUUUCAGAAGGCUUUGGGCUCCGUUUGGGGACUGUAUGUUGAUUGAAGUCACUUACACAGGAUCGAAGUGUUGUUCUGUGUAGCGUAUAUUAGUCAAAUAAAAAUGUUAUUAAUUUAGGAGAAAAGAAUAAGCCGGAAGCGACGCUUGCGUUACUUCCGGUUUACCGUAACCUUAAGUUUAGUGAAAAGCAAACUAUGCAAGUAAACUAAGUAUGAAAUUUAGGGAAAAUGACGAGAAACUUUUUUAUCAGUCUUGCAAUCUGAAGGUUGCUACACUUUUGAGUUCUAGAUGACAGAGGUUUACUUAAACUCAGAACACACACAAAAUACAACCAAGAGUGGAAUUGUAUGGUAUACUUAAUGACGUCUACAAGGCAUCUAGAGGGAAACACACAAAAGGCGUCUAACUAUCCAUCCAGCCAUCCAUCCAUUUUCUGAGACGCUUCUCCUCACAAGGGUUGCGGGCGUGCUGGAGCCAAUCCCAGCUAUCAUCGGGCAGGAGGCGGGGUACACCCUGAACUGGUUGCCAGCCAAUCGCAGGGCACAUACAAACAAACAACCAUUCGCACUCACAUUCACACCUACGGGUAAUUUAGAGUCUUCAAUCAACCUACCACGCAUGUUUUUGGGAUGUGGGAGGAAACCGGAGUGCCCGGAGAAAACCCACGCAGGCACGGGGAGAACAUGCAAACUCCACACAGGCGGGACCGGGGAAUGAACCCGGGUCCUCAGAACUGUGAGUAAUGAAAAGGAGAAUAGAACAUCGUGUUUUGGACUAACGUUGGAAACGUGAGCGUUUACUGCGUUGAGUAAGAGCGAGAGAAAGCAAAGUUGGGAUUUCGUGUGAAGCUAGUCAUUUCCCCAAAAUUAUUAGGCAUUGAUGUUGUACAUCAUAGUAAGGAUUGCAGUGUCGACUCACGACCGCAGAUCAGCUGGUCUUUGGGGAGUGGUCUUCCUCCAGACCUCAGGUGGAAACAAAGCAGGUUUGGUUGAAGGAAAAAGGUGCACAAAAAUCAAAACAAAAAGAAAUGGAAAAGAAAAGUUGUUGUCCCGUUUGGAUGCACCGGUUGAACUGGUGCGGGACCGGUACGGGAUGCGGGUAGUUUUUCGCCGAGGCUCCGCCGACCGAUCGUGGCUAGGAAAAGCGAUCGAAGCCGCAUGGCCGGCUUCUUCAAUCGAAAACGCCGCCGGCUUGGCUGCAUCGGGCAAUCGCGCCAGUGGUGGCACCGGAGGCGCCCGAGGACAAUGGAAACAAAAGAAGGGGGAGGGCUUGGCCGAAGGCCAACCCCCCCCCAGCAUGAACCAAGAAGCUGAAGACCAAGAAGAGAGAGAGCCAAGAGUCCAAGAAAAAGAGGGCGAGAGUUUAAAUACCCAGAGGGCGUGUCCAAGGGGGAUGGAGAAACUGGAGGGAGACCACACCCAUCAGCUUGAAUCGACUCUAGACUUUGAAACCAUACAAUGGGUUUAGAAAUCAUAUUCAUCUAAAACGCUCCCAACUUUGUACUCUCACGCAUAGAAUCUUUGUUUAAACUUUGGCAGAUCGGUUGCUUAUUGUUCAAUACAACAUUUCGUACUGUUUGACUUCAAAUCACGAGGAACAGUUCUCAAAAUCGUGCAGAGGACCUGUAAAACUGUCAACAGUGACACAGACACCAAGGCAUACAUUUGGAAUUGUUGGGAUAUUUUGGGUGGCCACCAUCAUCUUCCAGCAGCGGAGCCACGGGAAUCCUCUUCCACGCCGCCAUUACGACAUUGCGGCGCUGGUUUGCGUUAAAAGAUCUUGUGCUCCUCCAUCUUCUGUCUGACCGCGCCCACACAUGCGCAAUCGGGUUUAGGUCUGGAGACAUGCGUGGCCAAUCAGGUUGCAAAACUUGUGACACCCAUGAAGGAUAAAAUUACAAUUAAAUGAGAUAUAUGGCUUUACAAAACACAUUAUCAACUGUAAUAAUAAAUGCAGCACAGCAAAAAGACUCCUUCGGGGACAACAGACGUUUUCAAGUACGAUGGAUCCUCGGUAUUCGCAAGUAGCGAAAAUCUUUGAACAACCGACGGCCAUUAGAACUGCAUUGAAUCUUAAACCCCCAAAAUUCUGGAAUGAGCCGGAAUCCAUAAGCAUAAGCAUUUUUGGGGUUGGUUCCCCACCCGCUCCUCCCCAAAAAAGGAGGAAUUGAAAAAAAAUUGGACAAAAAUUGAACCAAAACUUUACAAAAAACAACAAAAGCAAAUCAGCAAAGAGGUGAAUCCGCUGAACUGCACGUCUGUGCUUGGCUGUGGUCCUAACCCUGCCUCAUGCGAGUGCAGGCUCGCGCUGCGCUGCGACACACCGGCGCUCUAUAUAUGUGUGUGUGUGUGUGUGUGUGUGCAUGUGUGUGCGCUUUAUGUUGCAUUCGCUAAUAAAUUUAGUUUGAUUGAAUGAUUGCCACGCUAAUUCAACUUCAUGUGUGCUCGUUUCAAUGGAAAAUAAAGGGAAUAGUUGUCACUGUCGUUCUCUGGGGCGGGCUCGUCCGUGCACACGAUACACGGGAUAGAAAAUGAGUCCGCGGACUGGAUGCCACCCAUCCAUCCAUCCAUCUUCUUUACCGCUUCUCCUCACACGGGUCGCGGGCCGCCGGAGCCUAUCCCAGCUAUCUUCGGGCGGGAGGCGGGGCACACCCCGAACCGGUCGCCAGCCAAUCGCAGCGGACUGGAUGCAAUCAUGCUAAAUCAAUAGUGGGAUCGUAGUCCAAAGUACAAAAAAAAAAAGCAAGAACUGCAAAGCCCUUUACAGUUUAUUAACAGUACCCAGACCUUUUGUGCUGAGUUCUGGCAACUCUUUUCGUGAAACAGAAGUUUACGCAAUAAAUCAAAUUACCGUUAUUCAAAUGAUCCAGUGAGUUUCUCCGAGGGCCUUCUGGUUUGAUACGCAAACUAAAUAACGCAUCACCUCGUUGAGCAGUGCAAGAGCUUAUCUUUUUUUCUUUUCUCUAAUAUAAAUAUCCACAAGAGCUACGGAUGGAAAUGAUGACUAUCACUACAGUAUAUUCAAUCAGAGAUAUCCACAACAGAAAGAAUAUCCACGUCAGGCUUAGGUCGGUUACACACUGUAGCGUAGCAUAUCAGAGAAAUCUGUUGCACAAACAAGUAUGUAAAGCACCGAUUACCAUAAUGUUGCAUUUCCCCCGCUUUAACGAUAGUAUAUAUAUAUGAAUUAUUGGUAAUGGUUGUAACAGAUACCUUUCAUUCAUUUAGGAAGAAAAUUGAUCUAAAUAGCAUUCACCAAAAUAACACCAGUGUUUUGUCAUGAGCUGUGCCCUGCAGUACUUCUGUCGGAGCUUGGGUGGCGCCUUGCGCCUGUCUCGCCCUCUCUCUCUCUCCCUUCCCCUCUCUCGUCACCGUAAUCAGCACCUCCUCGGCCGCGCACCUGUCACCAAUCAGCCUUCAUCGCCACCUGCAUUAAAGCCUGCCAGAUUCCGGAAAUCCUCGCCAGAGUAUUAGCGUUUCUCCUACGUGCUCCCUCCGCGUUCCCCGCCGUGCCGACCUCCUCCGACAUCCACCUGCUCACGCCACCGCCUUCCGCACGUUCCCCGUCUCGACGACCAGCCAGUACGCCCCAAGGAUCCAUCCUAAUAUCCGCUUCAAUAAACCUUUUGCCGCAACCCUUUCAGCCUCCGCUUGCUCCUGGGUCUCGUUAACAUCAGAUCGUGACACUUUUUUAUCGAUGGGACAACACUGAAGAAAAGACACUUUGCUUGUCUGUCUUCUGAUUGCUAAGAUGCCAUCCAUGUUUGACGUGUCAUUGCUCUGAGCCGCUCGAAGCUCCCGGCUCUCCCCCGCGCUGCUUCCGCACAGACACACCCAAACCCAACUUUAUGGCUUGACAGUGAUCUGCCCGCACACGUGUGAAGGAGCGUCUUCAGUUACUCGCACUGCGACUGCACCCACAGCCGCAUUAGUUUGAAAGGUUAUUUUGGGUCCAGUAAGGAGCACUGUCACCCUGGGCACCCAGCGGGGGAGUCAAGAUUUCUCCGGACGGUUCCGUGUCCCUGUAAUACUUUCUCUCCAAACAGCAGCAGCUUUCCUCAAGCUUUGCCUUCGACUACACUGGCUGAAAAUUUCAAACCAAAGAUGGACGACAGUCCUUUGCGGGUGUUGACUGUCCCUACAUCCCCUUACUCUGACCAGAGACCCGGUCCCAACGGUCUUAGAAGAAAGGUCCGUGUCUUCCAGUCCAGGAGGAACUAUCUGCACAACUUCAUCCAGAGUAUCUUCUCCUCCAUUGACCUGCGUGACCGGCAGGGUUCCACAGUAGUGGUGGGGGGAGAUGGACGCUUCUUGAACCAAACAGCUAUCGAGGUCAUUGCGCAGAUGGCAGCUGCCAACGGGGUGGGCCGCGUCGUCGUCGGUCACCUGGGGUUAAUGUCCACGCCGGCCUGCUCCUGUGUGAUCAGGAAAUUCAAAGCCAUCGGCGGCGUCGUCCUCACCGCCGGCCGCGAGCCAGCUGGACCCGACGGAGACUUUGGCAUCAAGUUCAACACUGCAAAUGGAGGACCGGCCAGUGACGCUGUCACAAACAAGAUCUACCAGAUCAGCAGAACCAUUGAAGAGUUUGCCAUCUGCCCCGGACUCAGACUGGAUCUGACAACUCUGGGCAAACAGACGUUUGAUCUGGAGAACAAGUUCAAACCUUUCACAGUGGAAAUUGUGGACGCUGUGGAGUCCUAUGCCAACUUGAUGAGGAACAUCUUUGACUUUGCUGCCCUGAAGGAGCUCCUGUCUGGCGACAACCACAUCACGGUACGACUGGAUGCCAUGCACGGAGUGGUCGGCCCCUACGUGAAGCGAAUACUGUGCGACGAGUUGGGCUGUCCUGCCAAUUCUGCCGUUAAUUGUCUUCCGAUGGAGGACUUUGGAGGUCAACAUCCCGACCCUAACCUCAUCUACGCCGCAGACAUGCUUGACAGCAUGAGGGACGGAGACUAUGACUUUGGCGCAGCAUUUGAUGGAGACGGGAACAUGAUCCUCGGGAAGCACGGCCUCUUUGUCGCCCCGUCUGACUCUGUGGCCGUGAUCGCUGACAACAUCUUCUGCAUCCCGUACUUUCAGCACAGAGGGGUGAGGGGCUUCGCCCGCAGCAUGCCCACGAGUGCAGCCUUAGACAGAGUAGCCAAGGCAACAAAAAUAGAGCUAUAUGAAACUCCCACUGGGUGGAAGUUCUUUGGAAACUUAAUGGAUGCAGGACGACUGUCUUUAUGUGGAGAAGAAAGCUUUGGAACAAGUGGAGAGCAUAUUCGUGAGAAGGACGGGCUUUGGGCCGCGCUGGCGUGGCUCUCCAUCCUGGCCACAAGAAGGCAAAGUGUGCAAGAUAUACUUCAAUACCACUGGCUGAAAUAUGGAAGGAACUACUUCACCAGAUAUGACUACGAGAACAUAGAAAUUGACGCAGCCUGUGAGAUGAUGGAGGACCUGGAGAUCACGAUUGCAGACAAGUCCUUUGUGAGGCAGCGAUUUGCAGUGGAAGACAAAAUCUACCAAGUGGAAAAAGCAGACAAUUUUGAAUACACAGACCCGGUUGACAGCAGUAUCACCCGGAACCAGGGUCUGCGGAUAAUCUUCUCGGAUGGUUCUCGAAUCAUCUACAGACUCAGUGGCGCAAGUAGCGAAGGGGCCACAGUUCGAAUCUACCUGGAAAGCUUUGAGAAGGAACACGUUUUUCAAGAAACACAGGCGGUGCUGGCACCGUUAGCUACGAUCGCUGUGAAGAUUUCGCAGCUUCAUCGCAGGACUGGUCGCACUGGACCAUCAGUCAUCACAUGACGUGACCCAAAGUGAUUUGUAGUCAGAAUGUCAACUUUUUAUCCAAAUGUGGCAAGCAAACAUCCUGAGAAUUUAAGGCAACGGUAUAAUCAUUGCAAGUGAUUGUGCCACAUUAAAAAGCUUUUUAUUUUGGGUUGAGAAGAGACUUUUUCUGUCUGAUUUUUCUUUUUUGUCAUCUCAGGUGGGUAGUGCUAUAUUAUAGUCCGAUCAUGUUUUGAUUCUGCUGUGUCUGAAUGUGUCAUUUGUAUUGAUGAAAAAUCGCAUGAUCAUCCAGCAAGCUUCAUUCCGGAUAAUUGAAAGUCAUCAGCGAAUGACGUGCGUAAAUUGGGAGUGAAAUUGAUGGAACUUGCUCAUGCAUACGCAAAUCUUUUCUCGAAAUGUACCAGUAAUAAGAAUAAAACUUCUUUUGAAUAUUAUAGCGUUAUACACCAACACCCGCGACCCCCGUGAGGUAAAGCGGUAUGGGAAAUGGAUGGAUGGAUAGACGCCAACAAUACAAGCCCCAUAUCACCAACCUACUUUAUGUCAUAAAUUCAGAAUCCGUUUUUUUUUUCUUUCUGUUUUGACCACGAUGUUUUCGGUUCCCUUUUGACAGCAAAUUCUCUCGUUUGCAGAUAUCUGAUCCGCAGCUAUGUCUAAAAUGUCAGCAAAUUGUGCUAAUAAUGAGCCUUUUCCAUUCCACAGAGGUACGGACGAAGCAGAGAAAAGGAUCGAUGUAGUCAAAUGUGUGGCCGUCUCAUUUAAAUAUUUAAAAAAAACAAAACAUUUAGUUAUUUGAAAACAAUCACAAACUGAAACAAGACACCUGGUUUGACAGAAUAUAUCGGACACUAAGAUGAUGAUUUGAGGAACAAGAAGUGUGUAAAAGUGAAUACCUGCGAAAAAAGAAUACAAGUUUAAUUCAUGGUGUACUUGGAAAAAAGGCUUAAUGGUCGAAUGUAGCAGUACUUUUUGCUCCCAAGCUCCUCCUACACUUGUAAAGUGUCAUGUACCAGUAGUAUUGUUUUUUUUAAAUUUAAUUUUAAUUUUAUCAUUACUCAGCCACUGCAGUAAGGCAACACAUUUGUUAACAGACAAAAACAUCUAACUCAAAGAUGCUAAGAUAAUCAAUAUCCCUGAUAAACAGUACAGUUACAAGAAAAUGAAUCUGUGUUGCAAAUCAUAUCCUUGUAUCCAUCUUUCAUUCUGGAGACAGUCCAGGCUCACGGGGGAGUCAAAGCUGACUUCAGGGCAAAGGUUAACGACACCCUGCGGGGCGAGGGCGCACGUAGACACACGGCACCCUCCGUGCACUCACAUUGGGAGUUUGCAACCCAACUCACGACGCCUGCGUGGAAGCGAAGACAAAGGAGCGCGCCAUCAUGUUGUUUUCCACGUACACGUAAUGAAUUAGCAACAGAUACCCAGGACGCAGCAGCCGCACAAAAGCUGCGACAUGCUUGUGACACCGCAGACAAUAUUCAUCCAUCCAUCCAUCUUCAAUGCGCUUCCCCUUGCAGGGUCGUUCGCGGGUGAGCCGCAGCUCAUCUCAGCUGACUUUGGGCGAGGGGCGCGGUACGCCCUGCAUUGCUCGCCAGCCCCGUCGCCGGGCACAUACAAGCAACUAUUAACACUGAUGGGCAGAGUUAUUAAGGGUUAUUCGUCAAGCUUUAUUGAGCCAAGGCAGCCGUUUUACAUUAACCGGCAAAUAAAAAUGUCACAAAAAGUGCGACUGUUGAAAUGAUGAUGAUCCUGUCUCCAUUUACUGUCAAUUGUACUUACUCAGUGUGCAUUGUGGGCCUGGUCAGUUGAAUACGAAGCUGGUGUACUGGCAGAAAGUCAUGAUUUACUCUGUUGUAUGAAAGACAAGUAAACCAUCUCAUGAAAGAACA